GCGGGACCCCGCCGCGCUUAUUGCAGGAGGGAGCAGGACAUCACCUUCUAGAAGUAAUGCCCACAGAAAGCGGGACUUGCUCUGCUGCUCGCCAAGCAAAACAGAAACGCAAAUCUCACAGCCUUUCCAUAAGAAGAACUAACAGCUCCGAGCAAGAGAGGACAGCUCUACCCAGAGAAAUGUUGGAAGGACAGGAUUCUAAGCUGCCUUCCUCGGUUCGCAGUACACUUCUGGAACUGUUUGGUCAAAUAGAGAGAGAGUUUGAAAACCUUUAUAUUGAAAACUUAGAAUUGCGUAGGGAAAUCGAGACUCUGAAUGAACGCUUAGCAGCUGAAGGACAAGCCAUCGAUGGUGCGGAACUGAGUAAGGGCCAGCUCAAAACGAAAGCCAGCCACAGCACCAGCCAGCUCUCUCAGAAACUGAAGACCACGUACAAGGCCUCCACCAGCAAGAUUGUCUCCAGCUUCAAGACCACCACGUCGAGGGCCGUGUGCCAGCUUGUGAAGGAAUACAUUGGCCACAGGGAUGGCAUCUGGGACGUCAGCGUGGCGAGGACACAGCCCGUGGUGCUGGGCACUGCGUCUGCUGAUCACACGGCUCUGCUGUGGAGUAUAGAGACGGGGAGGUGCCUCGUCAAGUACUCGGGCCACGUGGGGUCAGUAAAUUCUAUAAAGUUUCAUCCUUCAGAGCAGUUGGCUCUUACUGCUUCUGGAGAUCAGACCGCCCACAUUUGGAGUUACGCUGUCCAGCUGCCGACACCCCAGCCCAUUGCCGACACUACUCAGAUAUGUGGCGAAGACGAAGUAGAGUGCUCUGAUAAAGACGAGCCUGAUGUAGACGCAGACGUGUCCAGCGACUGUCCUACCAUCCGGGUGCCACUCACCUCUCUUAAGAGCCACCAGGGAGUGGUCAUAGCUGCUGACUGGCUGGUUGGGGGGAAGCAGGCGGUGACGGCCUCCUGGGACAGGACGGCGAAUCUGUUCGACGUGGAGACAGCAGAACUUGUUCACUCUCUGACAGGGCAUGACCAGGAGCUAACGCACUGUUGCACACACCCCACCCAGCGGCUUGUGGUGACCUCCUCCCGGGACACGACUUUCCGUCUUUGGGAUUUCAGGGACCCUUCCAUCCACUCCGUGAAUGUCUUCCAGGGCCAUACGGACACCGUGACAUCUGCCGUGUUCACCGUGGGAGAUAAUGUCGUUUCGGGCAGCGAUGACCGCACGGUGAAGGUCUGGGACUUAAGGAAUAUGAGGUCCCCCAUUGCGACUAUUCGCACAGACUCUGCCAUCAACAGGAUCAAUGUCUGUGUUGGCCAAAAAAUCAUUGCCCUCCCACAUGACAACCGACAAGUGAGGUUGUUUGACAUGUCAGGUGUGAGGCUAGCGCGGCUCCCCCGAAGCAGCCGGCAGGGCCACAGAAGAAUGGUGUGCUGCUCGGCGUGGAGCGAGGACCACCCCAUGUGCAAUCUGUUCACCUGUGGCUUUGACAGGCAGGCCAUUGGCUGGAGCAUCAACAUCCCUGCAUUGUUACAAGAGAAAUAAGGUUGCCGGCGUCCUCUGCGACGUAGUUGGCCAUGGACCUGUGGACCGCUGCCACUUUUCUCAUAUUGGUCAAGCCCUUUUUGUGAGAGUUGCACCCUGGAAAGGGCGGUUUGUAUGUUCUUUUCUCAUUGUACCGAGCUUGCAUGAAAUGUACAGCAAAAUGUAUGGUCACAUGUCUUAUUUUCGUCUCGUGUGUGUGUCGGCACCCUCUGGUCAGUGGACAUGAAGCCCCUUCCCUGUAGCACGUCGUGUGUUGUGAGUUCCGGGUGAUUGACAGGUGACAGGAGGGCAUUACGUUUGCGUGAGUUCAGUGUGAACCUGUGUACUUACUGUGAGGCGUAUGCAGUCUGUGGCAUUUCUGGAGUAAUUAGACAUACCUACCUUGUACUGGGACGGGCCCGGGGCUGCGUUUGCAGGGGCUGACAGAUGGCGGGCGUGACGGAAGAUUUCAUGUUUACUUCUGUUUGAGGGUUUCGCAUGUGCUGUGUGUAACUCAGCUUCACCUCUGUAUUCUGGUAUAGUUAAUGUAAAAUUUACCUGGAAUUUAGAAGUUAACAAAAACAAUGCCGACUUUGCAAUGUUUGGAAAGUUUUUUUGAAAAGAAAAUGUUUCUGCUCUUUUUAUAGAAAAUCAUUUCAAUCUCCUGAGGUCUCAGAUUAGCAAAUUCAAAAAUAGGAUGAUUCUCAUCACUGAUUUCAGAUAUUAAGCAAAAUUUAAAGCACUUUAGUUUAUAGCUGUGGUUAUAAACAGUUUUUAGAAGUUACAAAUGAGUUAUCCAGUGAAUGUGACUUGAGCUUUUAAGAAGACCCUGCCUGCUACCUGAAGACAAAACCUUAUUUAUUUUCUACACUUUGGUUUGCAUAUUACUAAAUGAGUUCACUUCCUUGGUGGUGUUUGAGAGCCAACAAUGCAAAUAAAUGAGUACUACCUCAAAAAUCAAUGUAUUUGGAAAACGGAGUCUCACUGUUGCCUAGCUAGAGCACUUUUGACUUAUAGCUGGAAUGCCGAAUUCAGUUAGGAGGGGAAGGAAGACAAUCAUAGCAGGCGCAUCCGAGGAGGAAAGCUCUCACAUUAGCUGACAAGGUGGGAGCCGAAACCAUGCUUCGCGGGGUACCAAGGUGCUCCUGUUUCGGCAGCUGGGACACCUCUCAGUGCCAGUCCUUUCACUGCCUGGGCGAGCCUGUCACUCUUGCCUUCUUAGGCGUUACUGUCGUCUGGUGUUCGUGAGUUUGUUUCUUGCUCAGUUAUGGUUUUGAUAAAGAGCCAUGUCCGUGUACUGCCCUCCUCUUUUUAAGUCUUUGUGUCCACUUGGAGAGGCACAGAGGGUAACAAUGACAGCAAUCACGGGUGCCCCCCACUCCAGGUGGUGACAGCUGGUGGAGCACCAUUCGGCGAGGUGUGAUGUCGGCAGAGCAUGCGUGCCGCCCACGGGCCUGCGUGAACGCGCCUCGCCUCAGGCUCCUCUGCUUAGGUCCUACGUGCGGUAGUUCAUCUUAGGAGCUUCAGCCCUGAAGUAUCUGGAGUAUUCUGAAAUGACCUACACAGUCUGGAAGGGAAGAAGGGCCAGGAGAAACCCAUCGUGAUGUAGUUAGAGCUGAGGUUGCCAACUAGACCGAAUGACAGACAGAUGCUUGUGAGCAGCUGUCUUCCCAAAGCCUGGCACCUGCUCGCGUCACAUUGGGAACAUGGGCCGGAACAUCUGUGUCCCGCCCCCGCUGACCCGAGUGCCCCCUCCCCCGCGGCGGCGCCCCAGCGGCUUUGAGACAGUAAGCUGAGCGUCCGUGCUUUUGGGCUCCUGUUGGAUUUUAAUUUGAAUGUCUGGGUGUCUUAGAAUCAUUGUCAGGAACACUGAAAAAGGUAAACAAGCAGAUCAAACUUAAAAACCAGAUCUCUGCCAGAUUAAAAACAUUUGAAGCUUUUAACUCCCUUUCUGAUGUUCAUUCAGUGCUCUGCGGCCCAGCGCCCUCCGCGCGGCGCCCGCCCGGCAGCUGCUCACCUCCUCCCCACUCCGCCCUCCCCUCCUCAGGGCGGGCCUUGUCGUGUGUGCAUCAGUUCUCAGGAUAGGGCACCUGCUGCUCACCUGCGCAGCGGCCAUUCAGCUGCUCCUGUGACCUUCAUGGCGGUGUUGUCCGGAGUCCCGGAGAUUUGGGUUAGAGAGUGCGUGUGUGUGCGUGUGUGUGAAUGUGUGGGAGUCUGUGCGCGGAGGUACCUGUGUGGCUCAGAUUAAGUCCCGUGAUCAGCCACACGCGAUCUCAUCUGAAAUAGUGUUUGGAAAUGGGAGUGGUUUUGUCUUAUAUGCUCACGUGUCCAGAAUUUCAUUUAAUAAUGGAAGGAAAAUGUGUGGUUACUGGAAAAUGUGUACUGAUAGAGAACUUCAUAAGAACUAUGUUGUUGGACAAAACAGCACUCUUCCUCAACCACUGCACAUCAGUUUCUGGAGAGACAAAAAUUCUGUACAUAUUUUGGAAUUUGAAGAAUCCUAUGUAAAUCAUUUGUUGCUUAAAUCUGUGAAAUACAAGUUUCUUUGGGGGGAGUAUGCAUUUAUAAAUGUUGUGUAGAAGCAAGUGUUUUUAUUGUAUUGAUGUAAUUGUUUUUAAGUGUUGAAUGUCUUCAUUGCAAUAUGAAAUUCAUUAAAAAUCCAUGUUCCAUAAU